UUCCCGUGUGCAGUCGAUUCUGUAAACAUUUUCGGUAUUGAGUUGUGUUUUCUGCUCAAAACAGCGUAAAUUUAGUAGCUUUUUAGUAAUAAACGUGCUCCUAAAGACAAAAUAAAAAUGGACUGUGCUAACGACUGGAGAGAUGCUCCCCACAGUACUGGUACCACAAUUAUGGCCGUGGAAUUUGAUGGUGGUGUCGUUAUUGGGGCCGAUUCUCGUACCAGCACUGGAACCUACGUUGCGAACCGUGUAACGGACAAGCUAACCAAGUUGACUAAUAAUAUUUACUGUUGCCGUUCCGGAUCUGCUGCUGAUACGCAAGCGAUUGCUGACAUUGUGGCAUAUUCUCUCUACUAUCAUGAGAAUCAAACCGGAGAGCAGUCUUUGGUGGCAGACGCUGCUAAUGAGUUCCGCCAGUAUUGCUAUAACUAUCGGGACUCGCUAGUUGCCGGUAUUAUCGUGGCUGGUUGGGACAAAAAGCUGGGCGGACAAGUUUAUUCCAUUCCGCUGGGAGGAAUGCACAUUCGACAGAGCGUCACCAUCGGCGGAUCUGGAAGCUCGUUCAUCUAUGGCUUCGUCAAGGAGCACUACCGCGAGGGUAUGGCCAAGGAGGAAUGCGUGGAGUUUGUGAAGAAAGCAAUCUAUCACGCAAUGUACCAUGAUGGCAGCUCUGGAGGCGUCUGCCGUAUCGGUAUUAUCAACAAGGAUGGUGUCGAACGGCAGGUGUUUUUCGCACCCAGAGAAGCGGAAAACAUCGCUGCGGUGCAAGCUGGUCCGUCGGUUUUUGUCAAGGCUUGAGUGGAAGAUUUAUAAAAGGUAAUUUCUCAAUUCAAUAAAUAAUAUACAAGGAAAGUCCAAUUUUUGCGUGUUGUCUUGUUGAAACAUUACAAUACAGUUAGGAUAAGUGGAUCACAAAAUGUCGUAUGUAACUUAGCAUUUCUUACUGGUGCUUUCUAAAACGUUUACG